GAAAGAUUUGGAUGAGAUUGGCUGAGGCUGUUCCAACAUGGAGAAGAGCCAGAUUUCUCCUUUUGAGUGUUUUGUGGAUUGGGUUUUUUCCAAACAAUUCCCACCAGGACCAGAAUCCACAAUGUCAAAUAAUCUCCAGUGCGCUGCCUCUGCCUGUGCUGCAAAGAAACGGGGACAUCAUCUUAGGGGGUCUCUUCUCGCUUCACGACGCCGUGUCGGUGCACAAUCCGUCGUUCACCUCUCAGCCUCCUCCUGCAAAGUGCACCAGAUUUAAUUUCCGGACUUUCCGUUGGAUGCAAACGAUGAUCUUUGCCAUUGAAGAGAUUAACAGACACGGUGAACUUCUUCCAAAUGUCACAGUUGGCUAUAAGAUCUUUGAUUCGUGCAGCACACCGCAUCAAGCUUUAAAAGCUGCAGUGGAGUUAAUGGGACGAGUGAACAAUUCGGUGGCUGAAAAAAACAGUAAUGGCACUUGUUACGGGAGUAUACCCGUGGUGAUAGGAGAUGGAGGAUCCACUCAGUCUCUCGUGGUGGCUCGUUUCCUGGGAGUCUUCCACGUUCCUCAGGUCAGCUACUUCUCCAGCUGUGCCUGUUUGAGUGACAAAAAGCAGUUUCCUGCAUUUUUAAGGACGAUGCCAAGUGACUCAUUCCAGGUAGAUGCCCUGAUACACCUUGUGAAACAUUUUGGCUGGACCUGGGUGGGUGUGAUUGCAGGUGACGAUGCUUACGGUCGUGAUGGGGCAAACAUCUUCGUAAACAAGGUUCAGCGGUUAGGGGUUUGUGUUUCCAUACAUGAGAUCAUUCCCAAGAACCGAGCUCAAACGGAUAUUUUAUCCAUCAUCUCUAAAAUCCGUUCGUCUGGGGCUCAUGUGAUCCUGGUGUUUGCUGUGGAACAGGAUGCAGUGGCUUUGUUUGAUGAAGCAUUACGGACUGGGCUGACUGGGAUACAGUGGCUGGCCAGUGAAGCCUGGAGUACAGCUGCUGUGCUUUCCAGUCCUACAAAAUACCACCACCUCCUCCAGGGUACAGUUGGUUUUGCCAUUCGGCAAGCACACAUCCCUGGACUGCGAGACUUUCUUCUGCGCUUGAGUCCCUCGGGGCCAGCAGCCCGUGAAGAUCCCUUCCUUGCUCUCUUUUGGGAAGAGGUGUUUCAGUGCAGCCUGAGUGGGCAGGCCAAAGGUCAAGAGCUGUAUUCUGAGGGCAAACCUCCAUGCACAGGAACAGAAGACCUUAGGAGCGUAACAAAUAUCUAUUCAGAUGUGUCACAGCUGAGAAUUUCCUACAAUGUCUAUAAAGCCGUGUAUGCCGUCGUCAACGCACUGAAGGAUAUGAAAAGUUGUGUGAAAGGAAAAGGCGUGUUUCCUCUGUGGACCUGUCCAGAUGUAGAAGGUGUUCAGCCAUGGCAGCUGCUUCACUACAUCAGACAAGUGAGGUACUUGAAUUCGUUUGCAGAUGAAAUAAAGUUUGAUGAGAAUGGCGACCCGGCAGCUGUGUAUGAUUUGGUCAACUGGCAGCUCAACGCAAACAGGCAAAUUGGGUUCAUCACUGUAGGUAAAUAUGAUGGGAUGAUCCCAACUAAUGCCCAGAAACUUCUGAUCCAGAAGGAAAACAUUCUGUGGAAUGGCAACCAAUCUCAGGUUCCUUUGUCAGUGUGUAGCUCCGGUUGUCCUCCGGGCAACUGGAAGGCAGUGAGGCCAAACUCUCCUGUCUGCUGCUAUGACUGUGUGGCAUGUGCAGCCGGGGAAGUUAGCAAUCAAACUGAUGCCAUUAGUUGUGACCAAUGUCCACCAGAAUUCUGGUCCAACCCAGAAAAGACCACCUGCGUACUGAAAGAGGUGGAGUUCCUCUCUUUCAGCGACACCACGGGCAUCAUCUUGGCAGCUAUUUCCCUUCUUGGCGCUCUUUGCACCUGCGCUGUGCUCUUUAUAUUUUUCUGUCACAGAACCUCAGCAGUUGUCAGAGCCAACAACUCUGAGCUGAGCUUCCUGCUGCUCUUCUCCUUGACUCUCUGCUUCCUGUGUUCUCUGACCUUCAUUGUCCAACCGUCUAAGUGGUCCUGCAUGCUGCGCCACACAGCUUUCGGGAUCAGUUUUGUUCUCUGCAUCUCCUGCAUUCUGGGGAAAACAAUAGUGGUGCUAGUGGCCUUCAAGGCAAAAAUUCCAGGCAGCAAUAUUAUGAAAUGCUUUGGACCUGCACAGCAGAAGACAAUCAUUAGCAUCUGUACACUAGCCCAGGUAAUAAUUUGCACAGUUUGGCUGACUGUUUCACCCCCUGCUCCACGCCACCUGAUGCCACGUGAGAAACCUUUCAUUAUUCUCCUGUGCGACGAAGGUUCGAGCAUCGGUUUCGCUUUGGUCAUGAGCUACAUCGGCUUUCUGGCUUGCCUCUGUCUUCUUCUGGCCUUCUUGGCGAGGAAGCUUCCGGACAGCUUCAAUGAGGCCAGACUUAUCGCUUUCAGUAUGCUUAUUUUUUGCGCCGUGUGGGUGGCAUUCAUCCCCGCCUACAUCAGCUCUCCAGGAAAGUAUGCCACAGUCACAGAAGUGUUUGCAAUCCUGGCCUCCAGUUAUGGCUUACUGGGUUGCAUAUUUGCUCCAAAGUGUUAUAUAAUCCUACUCAGGCCAGAAAAGAACACCAAGACGCAUUUAAUGUCCAAAACUCCUUCACAGACUUUUUAAAAUAAAUAUAAAUCUCGUUUCAUCUCACAUAGGUGUUCUUCUAUGUAAAAGUGGACUUGUCAUAGAGGCAUUUCACCACCAGAUGGCAGUAGUGCGUUAAAAUACUAUCAUUUGGUUAUCCACCAGGAAACACACAUUUGUGCUGUUACACACGCCUUUAUUAUUGUAAAUAACUUCCCACAGAAUGUUCAUAAUUACACACUUAACCAUGUUUUUCCAUUGAAAAUCAAAAAGAAGCCAGUGUCAUGCAGUUGUUGGUAUGGAAGCUCAUUUGAAAAUAUGAGGGCAAACGUGAUAGAUCUCUCUGUCAGAUUUGACUGGGGUUUGGCAGCAGUGUCCGUGCUUAUUGGACUUCCAGGUGGAAUGAUGAGACCCGGGAUUUCUGAGGAAUGAUCCCAGAAAUCCCGGCUGUCAUUGGUUAAUUGAAUCCUCGUUCUCCGGGGGGACUUUAUGUAAACAUCACGCCUUGUUGUUCCCUGUAAUAACAAAUUGUCUGACAUUUUCCUGGCUCUCCCAGCGAUCAUUGAUUAUUGAGCUUUGAUUAAUAUGUUUAUCCUUCCAAUGAAAAGAAGAACACCGUGGAACGUGGAAAGACCGUGCAUCAUUAAUGUCCAUCAGAAAUAAUCAGGAACCAGAAUUAUUUGGUGGACUUAAGUGAUUUAGUUGAUUCACAGUGUUGAUUCAGUGCUACGUGGCCUUUUGUAAUCGAGUGAAAAAAGACUAUUAAAGAAUAAAUUGA